GGCAUCGAUCGUGCUUCAAAGGUCACUAAACAGUAAUUCUGCUUUCACCCUCUUGUUUAAUGAACUUACCUUAUGUUUGAAACAAUCUCCCAUUCUAUUUGAGAGCUUCUCCAGCUGCUUAUCUAGUUGUCACAUCCACCUUCUGAGCCGCCGUCUCCCGUUCAUCGCGUCUCCGCAACCCCAUGUCCCGAUGCCAGUACAUCGCCAUCAUCUCCACCACCGACAGGCUUCAGGCCUAAAGUGCAUGCGAUCUACCACGCUUUCUUAACCUGCUGUACCCAACGGGAAAGCCCCAGCUAUGGAUGUCAACGACGAGCUCACGACCAGACCAUCUCCUCGGUCUGGUUCGGCAGCAGAGCACCCGAACAUCUUGAUGGAUGGAUACAACGAGAACAAUAUAGACAAGAGCCCGCAAGAGGGGGAUACGUGUAGAAUAUGCAGAGGCGAGGGCAGCAAAGAAGAACCGCUGUUCUAUCCUUGCAAAUGCAGCGGAACGAUUAAAUUCGUCCAUCAAGCAUGCCUGAUGGAAUGGCUCGUUCACUCUCAGAAGAAGUACUGCGAGCUGUGCAAAACACCUUUCCGAUUCACGAAACUUUACCACCCAAAGAUGCCGCGAACCCUUCCGAUAUCUAUCUUCCUUCGCAAGGCCGGAGUUCAUAUUGCCCGACAUUUCGUUACCUGGUGUCGAGCUCUGCUCGUGGCAUUCGCGUGGCUCAUAGCGGUACCCUAUGCCAUGCGCUGCGUGUGGCGUCUGCUGUUCUGGCUCGCUGACGGGGGGUGGACAAGAGACUCUUAUUUCUUGGCUACGAGCAGUUCGCACAAUAACGGGACACUUUUGGGUUCGUCGCUGGACAACGGGACGUCACCGGCUCGAUGGAACGCGACCAGCGCCAAGAUCUUACCGGCUAUCCUCGCGCCCGUGUCCCAGACCCUGAAUAUGACUUCCACCGAGCCGACUAUCGUAAGGAUGGUUCGGAGGUUGAUCAAUUUCUACACCGGGAGCGACCAGAGCAACGACCUCGGAGCAGACCGUAACUCGACUGUUGCACUUGUUCUUGCUCAUUCGAAAUCCUCCUUGCUCUCAGAAAUCUCACUUCUCACGCAUAUAACUCCUUACCCUCUGAUCAAUCAACUUCUCAUCGAUGUAAUCGAAGGGCAGCUUAUCACUGCGCUGAUAGUGAUUGGCUUCAUCCUCAUCUUCUUGAUCCGGGAAUGGGUAGUGCAACAGCAGCCAGCCAUGGAGCUCGCUCGAGAUGUUGCGGUCGAUCCGGAAAGAGCUGGAGGCUUUGAGGGGGACGAUCAGCCUGAGAUAGACUUGGCAGCAGCGGACGCUGAGAAUGCGGACAACAAUGACGACAUUGCUGUAGCACCACCUCCUGAAACGGACAAUGUAACUCCACCUGGCCUCAUUGAAGGCCCUUCACAGGUUUCCGAACAAGCCGAAGCUUCGAACUAUUCUAUAACACCAAUAACGCACCUAAAUCCCGCAGGAGAGGCGAACCCCCCUUUAGGGCAUGGGCGAGUUGACCUUGAGGAAACCAGGCGGAGGGUCCUCGACCUUGUCGAUUCCCUUCCCUGGGAUGUUCAGCAAGCUUUGAUCCGUGGAGGUUCGACAGAUAUCAUCGAGACCCUAAGCACCUUGCCAGCUGAACAAGCAGAACGAAUCCGAUCUAAAUUAAGAUUGCUCAGGAAUUCCGAUUCGGAUGCAGUUCGCACCGACAACGCAGACGACAUAUCCCAUGCGGACCCCACCCAGUCCAGUGUUGCCUUUGAAGACGAGACGGCUAGUACGCGACCAGACAUGCCUGUGAGAAAUCGGUCCUUCAUCGCCACGGACGUUCAGCGAAGCCUGGAAGAAGAAACCCCGCAUGGGGCACCUGAGGACAAUUCCCGUCUGGAGGUUCGAGAUGAGGAACUUUCUAGGGGAAGUAGUGACUCAAGUUGGCAGGACGUGUCAGGUGUAGUGGAUGAUGAAGGCGAGACAUCUUCUCCCUCAGUGUCUACAAAAGGAAAGGAGAGGGCAGCGGAUGAUGUCCCGGCCGCCAGGAGCACUGAACCGCUUGUUGAGAGUGGAAACGAACAGGAGACUGAUGAUACCCAUACUCGGAGAUCAGAACAUGUCGAACCCCCUCUCCCGUCGGCAAGAGAACCUGAAGGUCCCCCGCAACACGACAACGAGCCCCGCCAGGUCAUGGAGGACAUAGAUGAUACCGCUCUAAUACCGAAUGGUGCCGCACAGGAUAUGAGGCCAGCGCAAAGAGCAGUUCGGCAACAAAACGCGGGGCAUUCACUUUUCGACCGCACUCUGGACUGGCUCUGGGGAGAUGUUGCUCCAGUAGACCGCCCCGACACGGGCCGUAAUGGCGAUAGGUCAGACGAUGAAAUUAUUGUUGACGACUCUGAUGAUGGGAUUCCUUUUGUUCCAUUCCAGGAUGCGGAGCCUGUUCUUGCCGCUCCUGUCCCCGAACCCCAGCCUCGACAGGAUGCGGGUGUCGUUGCUGCCGCGGCGGAGGCAGGAAUCGACAUCAACGACCCUGACGAUGAUGCCGACGACCUCGAGGGGCUUCUGGAGCUGAUUGGAAUGCAAGGGCCCAUAGUCGCACUAUUUGAGCAUGCCACAUUCACAGCGAUAAUCGUCGCUUCGACAGUAGUACUGGCUGUGUGGCUUCCCUAUACUCUGGGCAAACUGGUACUCCUCGUCUUAGGAAGUCCACCGUCGGCCCUCUUCCGCGUACCAUUCGACAUCGUUACCAGAGUCGCCGAAAUUCUGCUUGACCUGUUCAUCUUUGUGACGGGGCUUGGCAUAUGGCUGAUUAUCAACGCAUUCCGAUCUCUAUUAUUGCCCCUCAAACUGAUUGCGACGUUUGGCACAGACUCCCCAGCGCUACAUUCCAUUCCACGUUCAGUGGAAGGAGCUGUCAACGGCUCAUCCCAGCGAUUGAUCCAGAGGUUUGGCGGGGUUGCUACGUCGGAAGACUCGGACUACCUUUGGUUCUCGCUCGCGUCCCAUGUGGCACUUCGUUCACUGCAGGCCGAAACAAAGCUGCUUGUCCAGGCGGUUGCCGAUACUGCUCUGUCGGUUACCUCUGCUCUCGAGACUACGCCUCUCAAAGGCCUCCCUUCACUGAUUGUGGAUGCUACAGUAUCAUCUUUACAGUGGUCGGCCGCUGUCGUAUUCGGCGCAGCGGACAUGAUUGUUGCUACUGUCAUCAAGAAGCCGCAACUCGAUGGCGUUACGAAACCCUCCAUAAGUGCCGUCCUUGCUGCCGACCCUUCUCUCGCUUAUUGGAGCGGGUGGGAUCGAGGAAUCGCAAUCUUCUGGGGCUAUUCGUCCGUCGCGUUUGCUGGAGCCAUGUACUUGAAGCGCGGCUUGCCCUUCACAUCUUCUCAACAAGGACGACGAGUGGAAGCACAUGUCAGAGAUUUCAUUCAACAAGCUGGCGGCGUGAUGAAAGUUAUGGUCAUCAUCGGCAUCGAAAUGAUUGUCUUUCCUCUAUACUGCGGACUGCUGCUCGACUUCGCGCUCCUCCCGCUAUUCGAAGAUACAACGGUCUAUUCCCGUGUCCACUGGAGUAUAAACUCUCUGUGGACUUCUGGAUUCGUACACUGGUUCAUCGGCACUUGUUACAUGUUCCAUUUCGCACAAUUCGUCUCAAUGUGCCGAAAGAUCAUGCGAAAAGGAGUUCUUUACUUCAUUCGCGAUCCUGACGACCCGACAUUCCACCCCGUUCGCGAUGUGUUGGAGAGGAACGUGACUACGCAACUUCGUAAGAUUGCAUUCAGUGCACUAGUUUAUGGCGCGCUGGUUGUCGUCUGCUUAGGAGGCGUUGUUUGGGCACUCUACUAUGCUUUCGACGCUGUGCUUCCGAUCCAUUGGGCAUCGAGUGAGUCGUCUUUGGAGUUCCCUCUUGACAUCCUGGUCUUUAACUUCAUCACACCGCUCGUCAUGAGAAGAACCAGGCCUACGGAUGGACUCCAGACCAUGUACAAGUGGUGGUUUCAUUGGUCAGCUCGCGCACUGCGCUUGUCGAACUUCCUUCUCGGAGAGAAGCGUCUUGAGGAGGAGUGGAGGCCAGUUGGUGCGUCAUUCCUACAGCGAAUCGGGCUGAGAAAGUAUCUUCCCGGCGAGCCAGCACCAGUGCAACUCAAACCCGAUGGGAGAAUGGUGUUGGCGCCCGGCUCUGAUCAACUCAGGAUUCCCAAAGGACAACCCGUGUUCCGAGAUAUCGGCAGCUCCGACGGCGAGAAUGGGCAAUCGAAUGGAGACACCUCCCGGAAUAGGCUGCGACGACAGCUCAUGUUCACCGAAGUGUACAUCCCAUCGAACUUCCGCCUCCGGAUCAGCCUCUUUGUCCUCGCUAUCUGGAUUUUUGCCGCGGCCACCGGCGUAGGAGUUACGAUCGUCCCUCUUGUGUUCGGACGAUAUCUUUGCUCUUCGAUCUUCCCGCAGCAGAAGCGUAUUAACGACAUCUAUGCUUUCGCUGCAGGGUUUUAUUCCCUUGGCGGCGUUGUCUAUGGAGCCGCAUAUAUCCCGCAGCUCUUCCGACAGGCUCGCGCGUCGGUGGGGAAUCUCAGCCCCCGGCCCCUCUCUUUCUUGUCUGCGACAAAAACCAUCGUAGCGAGAGUGAUUGCGUGCUUGUACGUUUACUCGACCCUCGCCAUUGCUCUACCCCUCCUCUUCGCGCUCGUAUUAGAGCUGUAUUUACUUAUCCCCAUCCACACCUUCGCCUGCUCUGCAGACCAGCGGCACUCCAUUCAUCUGGUUCAGGAUUGGACUCUUGGCAUUCUCUAUGUCCGGAUUGCUUUCCGUUACAUACUCUCGACUCCAGGAUCCCGCUCCUACCGCGCUCUUACUGCCGUUGUCCGCGAAGGGUGGCUUAACCCGAAUGCAUACCUCGCAACAAGGGGCUUCAUUCUCCCGGUGUCGAUUAUCUUCUCGAUUCUCGUGCUUGGCCCCGGAGUCUCCGCAAUGGCGCUAGCUCGAGCCUUCCCGGAGACCUUGGGUGUCGUUGAGAGCAACGAGCUUGUCCGCUUCGCGUAUCCUGUGGCGGCAGGGUUGGCCUGCCAUGCUUUGGUUAUUUGGGCUCUAGGGAAAGCGAUGCAUAGGUGGCGAGCGAGGAUAAAGGAUGAAGCGUACCUUGUUGGCGAGCGCCUACAUAACUUUGGCGACAGGAGACCUCUCGCGGUCGCUCAACAGAGUUGAAAGCAGUAGUUGGCAUGGGAUACCCUAGACUUUCUCUAUCGUCCGUGAACAGCAUAAGGCGGAGAUGUGUCUCCUUUCUUCUUAGCAUAGCCACGGUCAAUCGGCAGAAUCGGUGGUCGUGUAUGAUAGGCAUUCACGAAUAGUUAUUGUACGAUUCAUGACGAACACCACUUCACAUGUGCAGGAACUCCCGUUACCACUCUGAUAUUGUCACCUUGAUAUUGUCCGUCAACAUUCAGCCGUCGAUUCAUUUCCCAGCCCUACAUUCCGCAACCCUCCCCUGAUGUCACUAGGAUCUUUCCCCCGUUUUGAGAAUA